CAAUAGAUGCCAGACUACUGGCAUAGGACGUGCAUUUUACAUGUCCUUGGUGUGCGGCUAAUCAACCUUGUCCCUCCGAAGUUAAAGUCAUGCAAAGUAACAAGUCCAGCAAUAUUUAGGGCGUUGGAUAUCUUACCUCUGAGCAGAAAUGGGAAGCAGUUCGAGCACACGGAGUAUUGCUGUAGAGCGGGAUGCCGAGACUGGCGUCGUUAAGGUUUCAGAGGAUUUACUUCGUCGUAUGCUUGGUGAAGAAAGUGCUGAUCAACCAAAGCAUGAGCAGCCCCAAGAACGUGACCGUAGACGCUAUCCAGCAACCGAUGAUUACAAUUUGAAACUCUUGAAUGAAGAAUGGAAGGAGAGACUCUACCGAUCUGAAGAACUGUGGCAGGAGAGGCUGACUGAAGCUGAGAGAAAAAACGCCGCCCUGUUGCAGCUCUCCAGUGAGAAAUUUCAGCAAGCUGCGGAAGAAGUUGAAGCCAAAUUUAUAAAGCAUCAGUGUGUACCCAUAUGCCAGAACCUACAGGGCGAGGUUUUAAAAUGCUACGCGGCUAACCCCAGGAGAACCCUGAACUGCUCUCAAGAAGUCAACGCGUUCAACAAAUGUGUGGAUCGCAGUAGAACAAGUAUUCUCACAAAGAAAAGUCUUGAAACAGUUUCGUAACCUGCAGUCAAGAUUGGUGAGAUCGAAGGUCAGAUUUUUUUCAUAUUCACGUUUGAAGGCAACGGAUCAAGGGCUGUGGAAGGCGGUACUUGGAAUCUCUUUCAUUCAGUAAAAUUCUCUUUGUGAUGCUUAGGGAAACCUAUUGCAGUGGCAUAUCCAGGUUUGGGAUCCUGGAGGCAAAAUGGAAAGUGACUGAAAAUGACUGUCCACAUGUUUUCAUUCAUAAAGGAAUCCUCGUUACGCCCCUCGCAAGAAAGGUGGUAGUAUCAUUUCUGAUAUCUAUUCUGAUAUCAUUUCUAAAAUGCUGGUGCUUUCAGUGGUUUAGAAAAUUGCCAACAUGUCCCAGCCUCCCCCCUUCAAUAUGCCAUAGCUAUCGUUCUGCUAAGCUCAGAAAAUGUAUGCAUUGUACCAACAGGUUACCAACCAGAGUGCUCUGUCAAGUGCAUUACGUUUAGUCAAGACCGGUUCCCUGCUCAUUUCUGCAUAGCACAAAAUUUACCAAGCAGUUUUUUUUGGGGGGGGGCAUUAGGAAGCUCCAUGGAAGUGGUCCUCAUCUUUUGAUAUAUAAAGCUCAUGGCUCUCUGCGUCCAAGUUUUUUGGGUCAGUUGAUGAAGAACAUUAACAGAAAUAUUCAGAAUAGGGAGAAAAAUCCACACAAUUUAGCUUCAAGGAAGAGCAAAUGAUUAAAUGACAAGAGCAAAUAAGGACAAAAUUGUACACUCUGGAAUUUCAUUGCUCAGUUCCCUGCCCAGUGAAGGGACAGGUUGUAUUGACACCAGUAGAGGGCGCUCUUCAGUUGUCCAUGUGAUGAUGCCCCUGUGCAGGUUGCAUUGUGACUUCUGCCGAUAUGGUGCCAUUUGCGCAUAAUGGGGAGGGGUGAAGGGGGGGCUUAAAAGGGACAAAAAAUGCCUUUUUAUUUUAAAUACGAGAAAAAAAAGCAAUUUGGGAAGUAUUGAGGCGCCAUUCCUUCCCUAAACGAGUAAAAGGUCUCACCCCCUCAAAAGGACCAUAAAAAAUUACAUGAAGAAACAAAGUUCGCCUCCUCCCCAAGAAAGCAAUUUUGUCACUGGAUCUGUUCGUUAGGGUUUUUCGUUCACACCACCUAAGAUAUGUGAUAUUAAUACAUGUAUUUGGUUUGCUAUUUUACUGUGAAAUUGUGAAUUUUUAUGAGUUGUUUAAACUGAAAGAUGUAUCCACAAAUUUAUUUGCAUAUCACUGAAUGCAUAAAUUGUGAAACGAUGUUAAAUGUUGAGCAAAUGUUGGCUUGUCAAAUGUUUUUAAUGGAAUUACUUUAUUUAAAAGUUAGCUGUGCAUAGUUGAGAUUCAACUGCAUGCUAGUUUUAGUCACCAGACUCCGCAAGGAUAUUGCUUGAAAAGAUUGAGGUUCUCUGUAAAUUCUCCUCUUGUCGAAAAAAAUGAACAAGUAGCCUCAGUUGUUCCCAAUGUUUGGGUUAUGAAUGUUAAAGGCAGCUUUUGCCUCCAUGGGCGUGGUGUGGACCCUGGUUUUGUUCGAGUUGCUGUAAAGGUUCAGCUCGUAGGCAUAUGGACUUGUCAUGAAUAUUCAACAGUAAACCACUUACGGUAUGUGGAAUGUUAUUAAAUUUUGAUGUCCCUGACAUUUCAUCGUAUUUAU